GUGUAGUAAUGGCUGGUUGACCACACGCGGUCAAGCGCGCGCAAAAACGGAUCCCACUAACACCAGUCCAUUUCUCCCACCCCGUAGACAGGCUACUCGCGGGUUCGUGUCCCCACCAUUGACCAUGGUCACACCGACACUCAUUUUGCCCGCGAGAAGGUUUACUGGACAGCCCUGCACUGUAAGUAGUACAUAUAGCGUGCCGCAUAUGAUUUCUCCAGUCUUAUCAUCGCAAGUUUGGGAGACUAUGAGGAUAAAAGCUUUUCGUUCAUAAGAAGUGUCUAUCGGAAUUUUACAUUGUCAUCUCAGGGAAUUAAUUAAGACAGAAAUAUGAAAUCAAAGAAAUCUAGUUCUGUUGGAGUACUCUAUUUGAAAACUUAUAAUCUCACGCUAGUUUUUGGGUGGUCAUACAUACUUCUCAAGUUUUUGCAAAAUGAUUUUUCUUCGCCCGUUGAAGACAAUUUAUGGCAGAACCUCAAGUGGCCUGUUAUAAUCUUUCAACAUGCAGCUUUCUUGGAGAUACUACAUGCGGUAGUAGGAUUAGUUACAUCAAAUCCCGCACUUACAAUCUUCCAAGUUUUGAGUAGAAUUAUGUUAGUGGAUGGUGUAUUACUGGCUACUCCGAGCAGUUAUGCUGCAUCAUCCAUUGGUGUGCCAUUUGCAUUAUUAGCAUGGUCAAUAACAGAAAUAAUCAGAUACUUGUAUUACUUCAUGAAUCUCAAUGAAUAUGUACCAUAUUUGCUUACAUGGUUAAGGUAUACAUUAUUUAUUGUAUUAUAUCCGAUUGGUGUAUCAGGGGAAUUAUUAUGUACAUAUGCAGCAACACAAUAUGCAUAUUCUCAUCCAGAAGCUUGGAGUUAUUUGCUUCCCAACUCUUGGAAUUUUGCAUUUAGUUAUUUAUAUUUGCUCAUCAUUGUUAUGUUAACAUAUAUUCCCAUUUUCCCACAAUUAUAUCUCCAUAUGUUUUCACAAAGACGUAAAAUUUUGGGGAAAGAUUCACUCAAAAAAGCUCACUAAUAUAAGUGAAUUUCUUCUUCGCAUUAAUGAUAUGUAUAUAUCUUAUGUUAAUAAUAAAUAUUCAAGUUUAUACAA